GCGCUUCAAUCGAAUUCUAAUUAAACUCAUGUUUUGAAUUUGAGAGAAAAUAAAUUGUUUGAUUCUCUUUAAUUGUUUACCUUUAAUUUUGUGUUUUAAUUAAAUUCCAAGUUGUUGUUUCAUAAAUUGUUACUUUGCGAUCAAUUAGAAUGGCUGAUAUUUCGAUGACAUUUACUGUUAACCUUGAAAGUGAGAUGGAACAAUUGGAACAGAAAGAAUUGGAAAUGAAAGAAAUUGAAUCAGCUGAUUAUGAGAAAUUACUUGUUAUUUAUUUGGCACAAAAUGAUUUAAUUAAUGCCAAAUUUUUAUGGAAAAGGAUACCGGUCACAAUUAAGGAGAAAUCUGAUUGUUUAAAGUUAAUCUGGGAAGUUGGUAAAUGUUUGAUGACCAAUGAUUUCGCUGGUGUUUAUGGUAAAAUAGAUGGACAAACAUGGCCAAUUCAUGUGUCUCCAAUCAUGGAACAAUUAAGAAAAGAUCAUCAAUCGAGAUUAAUUCAGUUGAUUGGCAAAGGUUAUACGAAGAUCAGUUUGGAAGAUGUGAUUAAAACUACUGGUUGUUCUUCUCAAGAAGAGAUGAUCAAAUUGGGCCAAUCGGUUGGUUGGAAGACUGAUGUUCCUUUCGGAUUUACCAUCGAUAAAAAUGUUACCAUUGAUGAAGAGAAUAGUUUCUCAUCUAAUCAAGAACAAUUGGAAAAACUUACUGAUUAUGUUUCUUUUCUUGAGAAUCAUUACUGAGAAUUUCAUUCCAAUAUUCUUUGUAUUUAUGUAAAAAAGAAACAAAAAACAUUAUCCCAACUUGAGGAAAGAGAAGCAAAAAAUUGAGAAAAUAAUUUCUAUUCUCUCUUGCCCUUAAUUGCUACAGCAAUUAAAUUGGAUUAUGGUCCAAUUUUAAUCCAUAAAAA